GAUGCACGGGACCCCGUGGCAGUGUCCGAGGCCGUCAGGGGACAGGAUGCUGUCAUCAUCCUCCUGGGGACCAGGAAUGACCUAAGCCCCACCACGGUGAUGUCUGAAGGCACCAAGAACAUCGUGACGGCCAUGAAGACCCACGGCGUCCGCAAGGUGGUCGCCUGCCUCUCAGAGGACCAGCCGCUGACGGGGGAUUACACGGUAACGGUGGGCGCAUCCGGAGGCUCCCGGGUUAUUUCCACGCACGACCUCGGCCAUUUCCUCCUGCGCUGCCUCCACACCUCCUGCUACGACGGGAAAAGCGUCUACGUCUCCCGGGAUUAUUCCAAGGAUUAGGGGGAUCCCUCGGGAUCGAUCGGCGUGGGCGGUGGCUCCCCGAAAUACCCCCUGACUCCCCCCCACGCAUCCCCAGGGAGAUUAAAUCCAGUUUU